AUGACUUCGAUAGUCGACCAACCCCCUCGUGCGCCUCCAAUCAAGUAUACUGCUCAUCUAGGAACUCGCUGGCAGAAAGAAAAGGCUGCCGCAGGUCACGGCGCCUUCGAGUUUCCUGAAGAUCCAAAGUAUAUCGGUCAGUGGAUCAUUGGCGAGUGCGUCGGCAAAGGUGCAAGCGGUCGCGUCCGCAUCGCAAAGCACCGCCGUACCGGCCAACUCGCCGCUGUCAAAAUUCUUCCCCUUCAACCAGUAGUCAACUCCCGUGCUUCCCUUGCCACACAGCAGGCAAAAUCAGAAAAGCAACGGUUGGGUAUCGACAGGGAAAUCAUCAUGAUGAAGCUCAUGAAUCACCCAAACAUCCUCCGUAUCUACGAUGUAUUCGAAGGCGAGAAGGAACUUUACCUCGUCCUCGAGUACGUAGAAGGUGGCGAGCUCUUUGACUUCCUUGUCAACCGCGGAAGGCUCCCUCCUAUAGAGGCUCUCUCCUUUUUCAAACAAAUCGUCUAUGGACUUAACUACGCCCACACUUUCUCUAUCAUUCACCGUGACCUCAAACCCGAAAAUAUCUUGAUUCACUCAUUAAAACCGCCGCUCAUUAAACUGGCCGAUUGGGGCAUGGCUGCCUUUGCCCCUCCUGCCCUACAGCUCGAGACUAGUUGUGGAAGCCCUCACUACGCAAGCCCGGAGAUUGUCAACGGCCUGAAAUACAGAGGAAAUGCCACAGAUAUCUGGAGUUGCGGUGUCAUCCUCUUCGCGUUACUCACUGGCAGGCUCCCAUUCGACGACAAGAAUGUCAGGAUCCUUCUUUCCAAAGUUAAGGCGGGCAAGUACGACGUUCCAGCCUAUAUCGAUCCUCAGGCAAAAGACCUCUUAACUCGCAUGCUGGUAGUAGACGUCAACCGUCGAAUCACGAUUCCCGAGAUCAUGGCCCACCCCUGGUUCAACAAAUCAACUCCUGGAAUUGUCUAUGUUCCAGCUCCCUCUGUCGUUGAAUUAGCUCUUCCCCUCCCAUCAGCGGCCCGUAUCGACCCUGAUCUUUUGGAAUCUCUUCGCGUCAUCUGGGGGAGACAUGGCGAUAUCGAAAUGAUCAAAGCCGACCUUUUGAGCUCACCAGGCGAAGGCACAUUGGCCAAGGCAUUCUAUUUCUUGUUGCAACACUACCGCGAGCAGACUUUGAAAGAUCAUGGUAUUAUUCUCGAUGUAGGCGAAACGCCUGGGUCUCCCGGCAUGAAGGUUAUUACAAAGCAGUACAUGUCCCCCCCGCCAAAGAGAAGCGUCGACGCAGAUGCGUAUUCACUACGUCUGCAGAGUAUUCGUGAUGUGCCCUUACCUCCAUCUCGCACACCAUCGCCCCAGCAAUCUAGUCUGGCGUCUCCUUUCCUUGAUGGAGCUUCACGAGCCCGAUCUCCGUCCCCGAUUGGACCCAGGCCACCUCGCGUCCGACCUAUGUCCUCCCCAGCCCGUGAGGCCCUCACACGUCAUAGGAGCAUGAGAGUUGGCCACACCAUCGCUGAUCCUGUGAAUGCCCACCCCGAACCCCAAUACAGGACGCGUGCAUCAACUGUUUCCCUUCUCUAUCCUCGAGCGAAUCAGGAUCAGCACAGUUAUCACGCUCACAACCAGCAAAUGUUUCAGCCCUUGACCGUUCCAAGCACACCGCCAGUGGGGUCCCGCUUUCCUGGCGUUCCUGCACACCCCGCCCUCAACCCUUGUAUUAUCCGAGCUCCUGUUCCAGUCUCCGCUGUUGCGAACGAACAAGUAUCAGCGAACUCGAUAGAAGUCGAUAUGCAGCCUGCGACGGGCUCUGAUCCGGAUUGGGUGAACGUUCUUUCUGCGUGGCACACUGUGGCGCAGGAACACAAUCAGGAGCAGGCCUCCCAUUCUCCGACUCAUGGAUACAGCGAGACAUCUGUUAACCGUCAUGGAUAUGCCCCGUUGAAUAGUCCUGCGGUCGAUUAUGAGUAUCACCAAUUCUCCAGCGGGGCUAAUAAGGAGAACCACGAUCAUUAUAACUUCCGACAACCUUACCUGGAGGGCAGCGAUAUCACGCAGGCACGUAGUGGACUGUUUGGUGGUAGGCUCAACGAGGGACGUGUCGGUCGUGAGUUGCGUAACAGUAUCUAUGGUGCUCGUGAGGUCAUGAAAGAAAAGGACAAAAAGGCACGACGUAAGGGUUUUCUUUCUCUCUGUUACCUUUCAAAUAUCAACAUCUUACCAGCUCCCGUGCUUGAUCUGCACCCACAAGUCCAGCCAUCCAAGCGUUCCAUCCUCGGCUCACCACUCCAGAUCUCCUCACCAAUCAUACCCUCUAUCCUCGCCUCCCCCGUCGGCGAAGUCAAAGGCUGGUUCUCCAACCUCUUCAAUUGGAAAGCACACACUUACGUACUCUGUUCGACGGAUACGAUGUACGCCACACGCAAUGAGGCCGUUCGCAUUCUCGAGCAGUUUGGUGUCAUCGUCGGCCUUGAGGAGACAGAUGGGCACGGGGUUCUCCGAUGUCGUAUGACUGACCUUAUCGACACGAUGUCAGGAUCGGUCGUACAGAAACAAGUUCGGUUCCGCGUCGAGUUCUCCUCAUCGUCAUCGUCCUCGUCUUCGCAUGGACAGCCACAGUCCCCCACCCCUACUAGUCCACGAUUGCCCAUGUAUCAUGCUUCAGGACCGAUGUCGCCUACGUUUCGAUAUGGGUUUGGGAAGCCGUCGUUAGGGAGCGGGUUUACGUCCGCAAUCCUGCUUGUGCAGGAGAAGGGGUCGGUGUCUAGUUUUAGGAUGGUGUGUAGGUGGUUGAGGGAGGAGUGGGCGUUGGAUGCUUUGCAGUCACCUGUUACUGGGACUGGGGCGUUUAUGGCGGUGUGACGCGGCGAGACUUGCACACUAUGUCACCCCUGUCUUUACUUGACUAGGCGCGAGAAUAUCAGACAACUCCUGUACAGUUCGAUAAUUUAGAGUGCGGUAUCGGUACAAGAAACAUCCUAGAGUGAAAUGAAACUACAUAUAAACUAUACGAGUAAUCAGCGAAAACAAAAUAACGAGUGUUCGGAGACA